CUGCGUUGCGAACGCUAAUGUGAGUUGGCAUUGGUUGGCAUCGGCACGCCGCACACGCUCCGGUUUUUGCUUAUCACCGAUAACUUAGCGAUUACGGAAGUCUUCUCGGAUCUGUCGUCUGACAGUCUUCCGUUACAUUCCAUGCGUAUUUAUACCGCAAGGUAGUACGGUCAAUGAAUAUAGGACAAAUUGUGGCAAUAUGGCACAACAUAUCAGAAAAGCGACGUUAUUAUUAUUUACUCAGGAAUGCCUGAAGGAGUACUUCGACAAGUUCAAUUUUUUCCACGUCGGAUGCUUCAAGGCGACGUUGAGCAAAGCUCUAGGAGUGGGCAUCAUCGGAGGUUCCUUGAUGGUGAAGAUACCUCAAAUUGUGAAAAUUCUAAAAAAUAAAAGCGGCAAGGGAAUCAAUGUCUUCAGCGUAUUAUUGGAUUUAUUCGCCAUCACUGCGAUGUCUUCCUACAGUUUCAGCAGUAGUUUUCCAUUUAGUGCCUGGGGAGACGGAGUAUUUUUAGGCCUUCAGACUUUGAUCAUCGCGGUUCUAGUAAUGCAUUAUAACGGGGAAACAGCGAAAGCAACCGCAUUCCUUUCUGCUUAUCUGGCAGUAAUUUGCACAGCAAAUAGUGGGCUAACGCCUCUUCAUGUUCUCUGGGCAUGCCAAGCAAUGAAUAUACCCAUUGUUCUUAUAAGUAAGUUCAUGCAAGCCUAUACAAAUUAUACCAAUGGAAAUACCGGCCAGUUAUCGGCAGCAACGUGUUUAAUGCUCUUUUUCGGCUCCCUCGCGAGAAUUUUUACUUCCAUUCAAGAAACGGGUGACACGACCAUGAUAACGAUGUACGUGUGCUCCACUCUGGCAAACGGUAUGAUAGUGGCGCAGCUUCUCUACUACUGGAACGUCGACGUGAAGAGCAAGGAAAAGAUCAAGAAAAGAAGCUAGAGCGAAAGAAGGGAAAUAGGGAAACGUUUAUACACAGCUAGAGAUUAAGUGAUAUACGUAGAUCAACAAUAACGCGUAAUUACGAAGAAAAAUUUGCAUGAAUGACAUUUUACAAAGCCAAUGUGACUAUAGGCGAAUACUUGGGAAUCACUUGCCCAAUAUGAAAUAAAUUUCCGAGAACGUUUGCAGAAAUAAUACUUAGAUAAUUUAGAAUUGUAAUAAUUAUAAUCAUUUUGCAGCCCGCCGGAAGUCCAAGCGGAAGUAAUACCGCUUAUUUUUUAUUAAAAGAUACGAGAAAUGACAAUAUAUUAUAAAAUGUCACUUAUUAAGUACACACAGUUAGAUAAGACUGGAUUAUUGUUGUUGAAUGCGUUACCUCGGCAUGCUUGUUAAAUUUUUCCAAUAUGAAAACGGAACAACGUUUGUUGUACUUAUUUUACAAGCUGUAAAAUAAGAAGUAUUUUAUACGUCUUCUGUGUUAUAGUUUAUUGCAAAUUCUCGAUAUAUGUUUGUUACGAAGCGUUAUUAUAUUGUUUAACAUACAUUACGGUAUCAUUUACAUAUUAAAUUAUUAUACUAUUAAAA